UGCAAUUCUUUAGUUUCCAUCCACCGAUAAUUCCUCGACAUGGAUGUCCAUCAAUUGUUUAGUAGUCUUAAGAAGGAAGCUGAAUGUCCACUGUGCUUAGACACAGUCAAAGAACCGAAAACGCUUCCAUGCUUGCAUUCGUUUUGUUUAGAAUGCCUUGACAAACACACUGGAUACGCAAGAAGACAGGGAAAAACGAUGAUCAAAUGUCCGGUGUGCUUGGCUGACUUCAACAUUCCAAAAAGUGAUACGUUCUCUGAUUUACCCACGUCGUUUCAUCUCAAUCGACUGGUGGAUAUUUUAGCCCUAAAAGAUGAUAGCGUGCAGAUUCAGACAUGCAAUAGCUGCGAUGAUAACAGCGCUGUAACUUCGUAUUGUUUUGUUUGUCAAAGCUUUCUCUGUGCAACUUGUCUUGAAGCGCAUCAACGCCUGAAGGCGACUAGGGGUCACCGAAAUGUUUUGAUCGAGAAAUUGCAAGCACAAGAUGUCGAAGAAUUGAUUCACCGACCUGUCAUGUGCACCCAGAAGUAUCACGAAAACGAAUCACUUGAGUACUUCUGCAAAGAUUGUAACACUUGUGUCUGUAUGAAGUGUGGAUUCGUAAGUCAUAGUCGUCACACAAUGUUAGAUAUUCAACAAGCAGCGGAAGAAAGAAAGGUUGAAAUUACAAAAGCCGUAGACAAAGCAAAGGCGGAAAUUGGUGUUGUGCAGACAAAAAUUGAAAGUCAGAAAGAGUUCAUGAAGAAAAGCACAGACGAAAUGCUGGCUGCUCAAAGUAAAGUCACGGCUAUUGUGGACGAACUUGUCCGAAUUUUAAGGGAACAUGAAGAUGCUGUGAAGAAAAGGUUAACUGAAAUCAAUGAAGCACAGCAAAGAGAUCAUGCGACUCGAACAGAAGAGUUUCAGUUAACAGUUUCCCAACUCAAUGGAUUUGUUGAACGCGGAAAUGCUAUCCUAAACCGAAACAUACCCUCUGAAAUUAUACGAACAGAACUGACCGUCACAAGUCGGCUAGAAGAACUUUCGAAAGCGGCGCGAGUAAUGAUCCUUCAGCCACUUCAUUUCAGUUAUGUUGCAAACGAGAAACUUGAAAAAUAUAGGACCAUUAUGAAAAAUUCAGGUCCAGGCAAAGUUAUUGCGAGUUUAACCGAUCCUGCACUAUCGUUAGCGGGAUGUGAACCAAAAGUUUUGGACGCAAUGAAACCAUGUAGCGAAGUGGUUUUCAAAUUAACAACAAGAGAUUCAGAUGGAAAUCAGAUUUACAACAAAGAAGACAACGUGACCGUGCACAUCAACCCACCAUCCGAAGUAGAAGAGGAAAAAGAAAUAAAAAAUUUUAAAGAUGGAAAUUACAGCAUUUCUGUUUAUCCAAAACUCGCAUGUGAUAUUGUGAUUAAACUGAACGGGAUACCGCUGACUCAGAAAGUAAAGAUUGCGCCAGAGGAAGACUUUACCUCAUAUGUCGAGCAGGAGUUAGACCCAAGUGAGAUGCUGACUGCUAAUUUUUCGCAUGGUAUUGUCCCAAAGGAAACCACAGGAGAUAUUGUAGUGCGCAAGAAACGGCACACCCCGAAAGUAAGGAUUUUGAAGUAUGAUGACUGUACCAAAGAUUUCGUGCGUGGAUGCGAAGCUUCACAGCAGCAGUUUGGCCGUAGAAGAAUAGACAAUUCUAACUUUUCACGUGGUACUGCCCAAAGCAAAAAGACAGGAGAUAAUGCAAUGAGCAGGCAAAGGGAGACCCGAAUAGUAAAUACUGCAUCCCGUGAAGACUAUACCACAGAUUUCGCGCGUGAUUGCGAAGCUUCACAGCGGGAGUUUGGCCGUAGUGAAAUAGACAAUUCUAACUUUUCAUGUGCUAUUGCCCAAAGCGGAAAGAGAGGAGAUAAUGCAGUGAGCAGGCAAAGGGAGACCCGAAUAGUAAAUACUGCAUCCCGUGAAGACUAUACCACAGAUUUCGCGCGUGAUUACGAAGCUUCACAUCGGGAGUUUGGCCGUAGAGGAAUAGACGAUACUAACUUUUCAUGUGCUAUUGCCCAAAGCGAAAAUAGAGGAGAUAAUACAAUGGGUAGGCAAUGGCAGGCCCGAACGGAAAAUGCUACAUCCCAUAAAGACUAUACCACAGAUUACGCGCGUGAAUACGACGCUUCAAAUCAGGAGUUUGACCAGAAACGCAUUCGGUCUCGCGGAAGGCGAAGAUGCAGUGAACAGGCAACCGCAGACCUGGAUAGUGAAGACUGCGUCGCAUGAAUACUGUACCACAGAUUUUGCAUGUGAAUGUGAAGCUUCACAGCAGGAGUUUGACCAGAGAGGAAUAGAUGAUUCUAGCUAUUCGUAUGGUAUUGCCCAAAGUGAAAAGACAGGAGAUAUUGCAUUGAGCAGGAAACGGCAGACCUGGAAAGUAAAGACUGCACUGCAUGAAUACUGUACCACAGAUUUUGCGCUAUUGCAGUGAGCGAAAAUAUUGUUGAUGGGGAAAGUAAAGAUUGAGUCACACUGUACUGCAAAUGUCCUGCGUUAAUGCAAAGCUUCCCAGCAAGAGUUUGACCUGAGAGGAAAAGGGAAUUCUAACUUUCUGUGUAGUAUUGCCCAAAGUGAAAACACAGGAGAUAUUACAGUGAGUAGGAAAUUGCUGACCCAAAAAGUAAAGACUGUGUCGCAUGAAGACUGUACCACAGAUUUUGUGCCCGAAUGUGAAGCUUCCUA